GUCACCAAGCACCUGCAUUUUCACAACACACAGAAAAAAUCAAGUAGGGCGACGUUUCAGACGCCCUUUGGAGUAAUUUUCUUUCUUUUUUAAAUUUUCUAAAUCGAUGACAGGCUACUAAGGUCGCAUCUUCGUAAUUAUCAAGUCCAGUAAUUGUAUCACGGAAGACGCAGAAGAUAAGCCUGAAAGAUGAGCGUGGAAUCUUUGAACAAACAAAAAGGUGAUUCGUCUGUACACAGCCAUAAACACCAUGGGCCCCGUCCCCAACAUCCACAUCCGCGCGCACAGCAUCAACAUCGAGAUGGACACGCACACCCACAUCAACAUCGAGAUGGGCACGCACACCCACAUCAACAUCAGGAUGGGCACGCUCACCCACAUCAACAACAUCAACAUCCACCUGGAGAUCAAAGCUCGGGUCAGAGGGGACAUCGACCACGAGCAGGAACAUGGCACGGAAAAGACGGUCUGUCCAGUGGAAACCCUACUCCCGGGAAUAGCCGACAGAGGGCGGCCAUGGGUCUAGCAGACGACAAGUCCGAUUUCAACCCCAACAACAUGCCCGUGGAGUUCGAGAACACCUACAAACUGGAACCAGACUGUCGAUUCCCGGAACGAGAAGCUCGGCAGAUUAUUGAAAAUGUCCUGGAACAAAAUCUUCACGAUAAGAAGUACGACCCUAAUAUAAUGAACCGAAAGUGUAGAACUUUGAGUGAUAUGAUUAAAGACAGGAUCAAGGAAAUGAAUUUAGAGAGGUUUAAAAUUGUGACGUCUGUGAUGAUCACAGAAAAGCAGCACCAGGCCAUGCAGGUCGUUUCCCGUUGUAUCUGGGAUCAGCGGUGGGACAACUACGCUUGUGGGGUAUACAGUAAUAAAACUCUAUACGCUAUAGGACUAGUGUACGUGGUUUAUUACGAAUAGCCUGAUUAAAGAUUUUUAACACAUAAGAAAACAUGAAAAAGAUUGAGUAAGCUGUUAGUUUUCUUUCAACACCGACACUUUUGAGUUAAACAAAGGCUCUACAUGUAGGCCUACGAUGUACCUCUGUGCGAUGUUGAUCGUCCAGAGACUCUUGCUGUGCUUUUAAUCAAACAAUGAAAAUAA